CUGGAAGAACGUGUUUACAGUCGCUGUAUUCUCUCAUCUCUACCUGACGAGACUAUCCUGGAUCUAUAGAAAACUGGGAACGCAAAACAUCUUUAUUUGUGGAACUGCUGAUUUGGGGUUUUUGAUUUGAGUUUUUGAGGACUGUGAGUUUUGAAGAAUGAAUGUUGCAACCUGUCAAAUAUACAACAUUCCUUUCUAGUAACUAUUUUAUUGCUCUUCUCUCUCCGAGUCUGCUACUGUUCCUGUCCAUGACAUACUGCAGCCGAGUUACUCAAUGACAACUUUUAGACAACCUUAGAACGACGUAGACCAUUAAGUUAGUCCGUUCUGUUUUUUUACAUUUACUCACUACACUCAACCAUGCCGGUGGUCAAAGUGGAGAAAGACUCUCUUUCCGAGAUCUCCCUGCCUGCUCCCAACCCACCUGAUACGACCACAACAGUGUCGGACGAACCGUCAAGGGGCCGCCGCAGGAAGAGACCCCUCCAGCGAGGGAAGCCCCCAUACAGCUACAUCGCCCUCAUCUCCAUGGCGAUCGCCAACACACCCAACCAUAAGCUGACCCUGGGCGGCAUCUACAAGUUCAUAACCGAGCGGUUCCCCUUCUACCGAGACAACUCCAAGAAGUGGCAGAACUCCAUCCGUCACAACCUGACCCUCAAUGACUGCUUCAUCAAGAUCCCUAGGGAGCCAGGGAGGCCCGGGAAGGGUAACUACUGGGCCCUGGACCCCAACGCAGAGGACAUGUUCGAGAGCGGCAGCUUCCUCAGGCGCAGGAAAAGGUUCAAGCGCUGCGACUUUACAACCUACACGUCGUAUGUACAUGAGCCCCCCGUCUUCUCGCCUGUCCAGAUCGCUCGCUCGGCCUACACCAGCUCCGUCUACGGCUCCAAUAUGGCGGUGAGUUCCCCGUAUGGCCAGCAUGGUCAGCUACCCUCUGCCUACUACCCAUCGUCCUCGCCCCCCGGGUUCAGUCCUCACGGCCAGUCCCACUCCCGCAUGUUCAGCAUCAACACAAUCAUAGGGCACCCCUCCGGGGGCCAAGGGCCUGAGAUGAUGCAGCAGCCCAGCCGGAGCUUCAGUCCAGAGGGAGGCCCCGCUGGGGGCCCCAGCCACUGUAACCUUGGAGCCCCAGCCUUCCAGGCUCAAUCAUGUGGAGGGGCCAUGCUGUCCCGCUCCUCGGCCCAUGUGGGGUUCCCCUACUCGGGGCCCAACGGACACCACCACCACCCACCUCAGGUCUCCUACAGCCAGGGACACAGCCAGGGGUAUGGAGGGUCAGGGCGUCUCCACUCCCACUCCUCACCCCAUAUGACUGGAGACUCUGUGGAGCCUUAUGGGAGAGUGUCCCCGGGACAGUUGGGCCAGUAUAAUGGCACUGGAGCCUACCUAAGACACCCCACGUACUCAGGGAACAUGGACAGGUUCGUGUCUGCCAUCUGAGGAACUGUCUUCAAAGAAUUAUGCAUUGGGUUGGUUUUGGGAAAGAACAGUUCCAAUGGACUUCUCAGUUUCAGUUGUCGGCUAUGCGAGAGACACUGGUGUUAGCAUGAAGGCAUGACUGAAAAGGAAAAGACUAAAGGACAUAAAAGGAACAGGAUUCUUCCAUCAUGUUUUGGUGUGUAAUUGUGACAUUAAUUCAUGUGCAUGUUUUGAGAUAUAAAAUGUCAUUAAUUCAGUAACUGUGACAAAUAUGAUAUGGACUGCACGCUCAAGUAUCAAGUGCAAUGAUCAGGACACUACAUUGUUAAAUGUACAUUACAUGUAAAUGUUUGAAUCCACAUCGCACCAUAAUGUGUAUACAGUUGAGAUUUGAAUUUAAAGGUUAAAGUUGGUGUCUGGAAAAAAAAAGCGUGAAUGAGGCUUUGCAGUUCGUCUUCUUUACUGUGGUGAAAAUCUGUGGUUGCAAAAACUCAAUGUGUGCAGGGUCUUUUUUUAUGUAAUUGUCUAAAUAUAUUUGUAAUGGAAUUCAAACUGUUUGUGUAAACUAUUGUGUUUCAU